AAUCAUCCCUCAUCCCUCCUCAGCCUUCUUCCUCUCACUGCCUCUUCUCUUAAUUUCGUGUCCUUCCAAUGCCAACAGGCAUAAGAUAACCUUCCAGUUACCCCGCUCUAAAGGCACGACUGCCCCUUCGAGCUCCCGACGAGCAAGACCAAGGUAGCAAGCGUGUUACACCUUCGGCUGGUGGUGCUGGUUCUCUCGCGUACACCAGUCGUUCUCGUUCAUCAACGCCAACGUUCGAGUCGUCUUUCCCAACCUGAAAGACUCCCACUGGGUUCCCUUAUUUACAUCUCUUCAUGGGCUGCUUCGAGGCGUCCCGAAUUCGAAUCCCCGCUGUCCACCGUCUUUAGUCCAACUACCUUGGGCAUUUCCGUCGCCUCGAGACCAUUGUAUUCGCUUGAAGGACACCCAUUCAUAUGCCUAUCUCUUACAGCCCCUCCGGAAUAGACCAUCGACGCGAUGAAGAGCACACCUUUGAUUAUCAAUUGGCACGAUCAAAAUGCCCCUAUCUAUUCUGCGCACUUUGAGCCCCAGGGCAAGGGUAGACUGGCGACCGCUGGCGGCGACAAUAACGUGAGGCUUUGGAAAAUCGAUGGCCAUGGCGAGGACCGCAAGGUUGAAUACCUCUCCACAUUGUCCAAACACACUCAAGCUGUCAACGUUGUGAGAUGGGCUCCCAAAGGUGAGCUUCUUGCCUCCGCCGGCGACGAUGGCAACGUCAUCCUUUGGGUUCCCGCCGAACACCAAAUAGGCCCCUCCUUUGCAUCAGAGGGGUUGGAAGACAAAGAAACCUGGCGGGCCAAGCAUAUGUGUCGGUCGAGCGGCUCCGAGAUAUAUGACCUGGCCUGGUCGCCCGACAGUACAUACUUCAUCAUCGGUAGCAUGGACAACGUUGCCCGGGUUUACAACGCAAGCACGGGUAUGCUCGUUCGGCAAAUUGCCGAACACAGCCACUACGUCCAGGGCGUGGCGUGGGAUCCGUUGGACGAGUUCAUCGCAACGCAGUCUUCCGACCGGUCCGUCCACGUCUACUCCCUCAGGACCAAGGACGGACGGUACUCUCUAAGCGGCGGUCACGACGAUAAACCAUCCCGGAUUGCUAGUCACAACAGGAGUGAGCUGCCGGCUCUGCGGAUUGCAUCGGGCAGCCCGGCGCCUCCGGAUUCGACUCAUGCGCGGUCGCACCUCGUGGCCGUGCCCGAGCAAGCAGUCGGAGUCGGAGUCGGAUCCCCGGCUCCAUCGGCACCGGGAACACCGACAUCGAUGGCUUUGCCGAUGCACCCGCCGAGCACCAUCAGCCACAGCAGAAAGUCGUCGUUUUCGUCGGCCAGGCGGUCACCUAGUCCGGCUCCGUCUCCGUCCAUGCCCCUUCCGGCGGUGAUGCCGAUGGAGCCGGCUUCCAAGCCGCACUCGUCGUCGACACCGGGGUAUGUCGGCGCUAGGACCGCCCACCUAUACGCCAACGAGACGCUGACGUCCUUCUUCCGGCGGCUGACUUUUACGCCGGACGGGAGCGUCCUUUUGACGCCUGCGGGGCAGUACCAGAGCCAGCACCAGCAUCCCGCCGAGUCCAAGACGACCUACGAGGUGACGAAUACGGUGUACAUCUACAGCCGGGGCGGCAUCAACAGGGCGCCCAUAGCGCAUCUGCCCGGACACAAGAAACCGUCGGUGGUGGUGAAGUGCUCUCCCGUAUUCUACCAGCUCAGGACGUCGCGGCGGCCGGCUACCCAACACAUCGCCAUCGACACGUCCUCGACCGGAGAGGUUAUUCCCUCUCUGCCGGAACCCGUGUCGGAGCCGCCCCGGGACUCCCCAGCCAUGGAGCCUCCUCCACCGCCGACGCCAACCUCUACGGCGGAGGCUGCGACGGCGGCCACCAUAAGGCAGUCGACCGAAACGGCAACGUCGUCCACAUGCGGGCCCCCAGCGGCGUUUGCUCUGCCUUACCGGAUGGUCUAUGCCGUGGGAACCCAAGACUCUGUCCUGCUGUACGAUACGCAGCAACACACACCCAUCUGUAUCGUUAGCAAUCUCCACUGUGCCACGUUCACCGACCUCGCUUGGUCGAAGGAUGGACUGACGCUUCUGAUAACGUCUUCGGAUGGAUUCUGCUCGACCUUGUCGUUUUCGCCGGGUGAGUUGGGCCAGGUGUACCAGGGGGAGGUGCCGACGGCCAAGAAUCCGGUUGUUCCGGGAACGGCGUCGUCGUCCCACCAGAACACGCCGGUUCCUACACCGACGUCUGUGCUUGCGCCGCCGUCUCCGUUCCCGAGCGGGCCGUCGUCCCAUUCACACCAGCACCGGACGGCGUCUUCUGGCUCGUUUGGCGCCUCGACAUCUCCGCUGCCUGCAGGGUUCGUCCACGCUCGGCCGUUGUCGCCCAGCCGGUCCACCACCUCGGCGUCGUCGUCGUCGGCGGUGCCACCGUCGCUGGCUGUGCAGGCCGGGGUGGCGACCAAUCCUCUCCUUAUCGUCGGCAGCGUGCCCAGCAUCGCGGCGACCCAUUCUGGCCAGGUGACGGGUAUGCCUGUCACCACGCCACCUGAGACGCCCGGCAACCGGCCGACUGACGAUCCGGCAAACCGGGGCACGAAGCGGGACGCUAGUACGGAGAGAGAGGGGGGCCGACCCAAACGGAGACGGAUAGCACCCACGUUGGUGGAAGCCUUCCCUGACCAGCAGUGAGAGAGAAUUAAAAAAAUGGAGAUCAUUUCGACGAUUAAUGCAGAAUGACCAGUACCUCUGGUCUGUCUUGGUGUAAGAUACUUGAGAAGACAAAAGUGAAAUGAUGGAUCGAUGGCCUGGGGAGAGACGACAGGAGAGACGACAGGAGAGACGACAGGACAAGGCUUAGGUUAUAAGAGGGAAGGGGUCGGGUUUGCAUGGCAUGGCAUGACUUGGGCGUUUGUUUGGGGUUUGGGCAGACGCGUAGCAACCAAUAUACCAUAGGUAGGAAGCUCCCGGCAACAGGGAAUCAGGAAUCAGAAUAUCAUCA